AUGCUUCAACAACUCCAGAUUAUGGCCUCUUGGGUGCCAUCGUUUAAGUCUGCUCUUGAGGCCGAGCAACCAAAUGCCCCAUUUAUCUCCUUCCAGCUCGCCACUGUGGAUGCUCAGGGGUUUCCGCAUUCCAGGACCUGUGUGUUCCGGGGCUUUCUCUUUGACGAUCACAAAACCAAUAUUUUAACCUUUACAACUGACUUGAGACUGGAAAAGAUUGAACAGUUGAGAUACAACGACCGCUUUGAGGCCGUCUUCUACCUCCCAAGCUCCAGUCUGCAGUUCCGUUUCCAAGGAAGAGCGAAGGUGUUGAGCAAGACCCACCAUCCGGUGGUAAAGUUGCCAACGCACUUGCAUAUUGACGACGAAGACAUCUCCACUCAUAAUAGCUCCAACAGCGACGAUGACAACGAGGACAAAGGGUCGGGCAACGACGAACCGGGCCUCUCCUUCAACAUCAAACCAUCGGUACCCGUGCAACGCAGCGAAUCUCCAUGUCCAGAGUCGUUUUUUAACACGCCUAUUGUCUACCCCCUUGUGUCUCGCCAGGUGUUGACCAACUUGACCAGCCACAGCGUCGAUAAGACCCAGUCUUUCGCCAAUCUACACGAACUCCCCUUGAGACUCAUCGCACCAACAACAGAUGAAUGGAACGCCGAAUUCACCCGACACUGGAGCAGCUUAUCUCGCUCCUUGAGAUCCUCUUUUAGAAAGCCGUGCCCCGGCUCUGCCCUUGACUCCGAAAAACGCUCCUUGUUAGACAAGAUCGCUAGAGGCGUUGACGGCAUCAAGGAAUCCGAAGGUCAGGCUAGGUUCGGGGUCGUGUGCUUAUUUGUCGAAAAGGUUGACUACGUAAAACUCGGUUAUUCAGGUGAUAGCAGAUGGAUCAUCGCGAAGGAAGAAGGACAGGAUUUGUGGAAGGAGGAAGAGGUCUGCCCUUGA